AUGUUCGUGAUUAGCUCGAAGAAAUGAAUGGGGCGAGAGUUAGGUCUGAAGAAGUCGUGCUCGGAGUGCUGGUUUUUCCGUCGGAGGAGGUGAAUCUCGGAAGUCCUUCGGCCUCGAGAUUGGAUCAGUUAUGGAUGGCGGGGCGGGAGGCAAUGCAGGUGGUGGAGGGUUGUCGACUGCCAAAACUCCUGCCGAUUUUCUCAAGUCCAUCAGAGGACGCCCUGUCGUUGUGAAGCUUAAUUCAGGAGUCGACUACAGAGGAAUCUUGGCCUGUCUAGAUGGAUAUAUGAACAUCGCAAUGGAGCAGACAGAGGAGUACGUGAAUGGACAACUGAAGAACAAGUAUGGCGAUGCGUUCAUUCGCGGAAAUAAUGUACUAUACAUCAGCACGACGAAGAGGACUCUCGGAGAUCAGUGAGAAAGCUGCAGAUGUCAGCACUCGUAUACAGAGGAAGGCAAAUGAUGGGAGAGAGAGCUUCUUAUGGAACCCAGGUUGGGGUCGCAUGCGACCUUUGUUAUAUUUUACUGUUUCAUAACACCUUUCUUAUUUCGGGUCGGUGCAUCGCAUCGCCCUGAGUUGUGAGUAUCUUUGUUUAAAUGAGUAGAUUUUCAGAAUUCAAUGGACCCGGCCGUCAUUUUCGAGAAGUUCUAUAGAAGUUUAUCAAGGAUUAUGCGGAGCUAUUUUCUUUACAGAGGCUUUCAAGUCCUCCGGGUCUAGGAAACGUGGGUGGUCUGCGAAGCCAGACCUCCCGGAGUUAUUUCAUUACGAGGUCUUCAUAGGAUACCGGAUCAAGGUAUUCGAGGAAGAAACACUCAAGAAGUUUGCUUCCCUGGGUGAAUCAACGUAGGAGUAAACGCCAACUUGCGCCCUUCAUACACAUUAUAUAAUUUCUCAAGCAGGAAACAGGUCAAAGAGCCACCCAUUCUGACUGUAAGUGACUAUUAGGCUCAGUUCGGCAGUGGUUGUACAAUCUGUUUCGUAACAGUGAUACUUUUAGGUCACAAAGUGUGUCUGCGGGCACCAGGUUAGGAUGCAGUGAAUUGUGAUCAUUGAAAGCUCUUCAAGACCGAAGCCCAGCUUAUUCCCGUGUCCUAUCUCGAAUGCAAGCAAGAAGUCGUCUGCUAACACGGGGAUGUUUAAUGAUUUAAACUAAUCUCGUUCGUUAGAAUCUAUGGGUUUUUGAGCUAAAAGUCUGCAUCAUUUAGGUUUAUUUUAACCCGGAUACGGGUAUAAGACUCUUGGUUCAUUCUAGUUGCCGACCUACAAGAUAGGUAUGCAACUAGUGUAAGUUUUGUCAUCACUUUCCUAUGAUUACACAGAGAGAUAUGGAGACGCGGAAAUCCAAACUUCUCAGUUGUGACAGCUUCGAGGCCUGAACCAUUAAUGACGGGGUAUAGCUUUUGGAACGCAUGCCUGCUAGAAUAAUGUACGGCGUGUUCCAGUACCACCUGGGUUUGAAGAGACGAAGAUGUCAACAAGGGUUGUCCAGUGUAGAACAUCAUGGAUGUUGUGGGGUUUCCUGGAACGCAUACUCGAGUCGUAAUCUUUAGUGUGAUUGUGAUUGGGAUCAAAUGCUUGCUGGUGAUGAUGGAACAUAUACUUUUCACAUUUUCUCCCAGCUUAGCAGCUUGUAUUAUCCAAUUGUGGUAUGAUGUGCUCUACGAAACUGAUUAGAAGAAAAGUAAGUUUAUUAA